UAAUGUACAUCUCUUUUACACUUCUUUAUGAUUUUUUAUCAAUUAUUUUUAAUAUCAGAGAAAUGUUCCACUCCCUCCAAAUCUCACUGAACACUUAAAUCUCAGGAACAAGAACAAUCAUUAAUUCAUUACCAUACCUGUUGUAAACACCAAUAUUAUAAUGUUGCAUUCUCAGUGUCACAAGCUUCUCUUCCCAAAUCUCCCAGUUCCUCUCUCACUGACCCGCCAAUACCAACACCAUAACCACUCCCCUGUUCUUCAUUUUCUGAAUAGACGCAACAAUAGUAAUACUCUUCACGUACUCUCAGCUAUUCCUCCAGAAGCUUCACCAGUGCUGAUUACUCACUUAGCCCAAGAACUCACAAUUACAGGCACCAUUCAAUUCCCUCUUUUUACAGCCACAAAUGACACACUGCAGGUUGCUUCUAGUGUUCUUCUCACAGGGGCCACCACUGCCUUCUUCUUUCGCACCGUUGUGCGCCGUAUCAAACGUGUCAAAGAAUUGAAAUUUAGGUCCGCUGGAGUGAAUAAAUCACUAAAUGGGUUGAGAGCUAUGCAGUCAAAUUCCAUUAAAGUUAAGGCUCCACCAGCACCUGAUCAAGCAUUGUUGGGAGCAGUUAUAGCAGGUGUUAUUGCUCUUAUUCUCUUCAAUCUGACCUCAAAUGUUGACACAGCUCUAAGUCAUCACACGGUUUCAAAUAAUUUCUCGGCCCGCCAAAUUACAAUCACCAUAAGGACAAUGAUAACGGGUUUGUGCUACCUUGCAACAUUUAUCUAUGGUUUCAGUUCUAUUGGUCUAUUGCUUUAUUCUGGCCAGCUUGCCACAAAUAUUAGCUUUAUGGGAAGGUCAGUUACCGGAAAGAAAAUUGACAAGAAGAAUAUCACAAGUGAUGAUAAUAAACUGAGCACCCCCAAGGAAGAUCAAAGCCAAAGCAAGUCAACAUAAUUGAAUUCGAUAGUAUUGAAUGUGAAGAUGUUAUUGUGCAUCUUCAUCCAAGGAAACUGUCCAUUAGUUGACAUGUGUUACUACUUUUUUCAAUGUUGUUCCCACUCUUUGGCAAAAGCUACUAUUCAACCAGUAGUGUUGGAUUGUUUCAAUAGUUGAUUAACAAAAGGUUUAGCUAUAA